CGAGCAACGACCACACCAUCUACAUACAGCACUCGACGCCGACAUCGACAUCAGCCAUUGUCCUAGUCUAUCACGCCGACGAGCGCAAUAUCGAUCAACAAACCCGCCCUGAAAUAACCACCUAUUCCCACGGCAGUCCACCCUCUCAUUCUCCCUACGUGCACGAUGGCAUCUGAUCCGUCUGUGCCCCUUGUCGUUGACAACGGUACCGGCUUCGUCAAGUGUGGCUGGGCCGGGAGCAACUUUCCUGAGCAUGUCUUCCCAUCUGUCGUCGGUCGGCCGAUUCUGCGUGCGGAGGAACGCCUGGGCUCUUCGCAGCUCAAAGACCUCAUGAUCGGCGAUGAGGCGGCCGAGAACCGCUCUUUCCUGCAGAUGAGCCAUCCCAUGGAACACGGAAUUGUCAAGAACUGGGGCGACAUGCAGCAUCUGUGGGACUACACAUUCUACGACAAGCUCGGUGUCGACACUCGAGGGCGCAAGGUUCUCCUCACGGAGCCGCCUAUGAACCCGAAGGCCAACAGACAGAAGAUGGCCGAGGUGAUGUUCGAGCGCUACCAGUUUGGAGGGGUCUACGUCGCGAUCCAGGCGGUGCUUACACUGUAUGCGCAGGGCCUCCAGACUGGUGUUGUCGUCGACUCUGGUGAUGGCGUUACGCACAUUGUUCCCGUAUACGACGGCUUUGCCCUUCCCCAUCUUACCCGCCGCCUGGACGUCGCCGGCCGCGAUGUCACCCGCUACCUCAUCAAGCUCCUCCUCAUGCGCGGGUACGCGUUCGAGCGUACAGCCGACUUUGAGACGGUGCGCGGCAUUAAGGAGAACCUUUGCUUCAUGUCGUACGACCUUGAGCUUGACAAGAAGCUGGCAGACGAGACGACAGUGCUUGUGGAGAAUUACACCCUCCCAGACGGGCGCGUGAUUAAGGUGGGGUCCGAGCGCUAUGAGGCUCCCGAGUGCAUGUUCCAGCCACACCUCGUCGACGUCGAACAGCCAGGUGUCGCAGAGCUCCUCUUCCAGACAAUCCAGCAGGCCGCCGUUGACACUCGUGCGGAGUUGUACAAGCACAUCGUACUGUCCGGAGGCUCGUCCAUGUACCCCGGCUUCCCAUCGCGCCUGGAGAAAGAGAUGAAGCAGCUGUACCUCACCCGGGUGCUCAACAACGACGCGUCGCGGUUGAAGAACUUCAAGAUCCGCAUUGAGGACCCCCCUCGCCGGAAACACAUGGUCUUCCUCGGUGGUGCCGUGCUCGCGGACAUCAUGAAGAGCCAGGAGGCAUUCUGGGUGACGAAGGAGGAGUGGGAGGAGCAGGGCGUGCGCGCUCUCGAUAAGCUCGGCCGCGGGGACUAGCGAACGAGACGUACAUACAGAGCUGGUGCGUUGUAGAUGUUAUGAAGUCAUGCAGCGG